AUGCCCACGCCCACGCUCACUGCCAUCUUUUUGUUCGGCGCCAUCCACAGUCUCUGUGGCGGCGGCGUCCUGCUCCGACAACGACCCCGCGCCCACGCUGCCCUACGACGACCAAAGCAUCGCAACCGGUCGAGUGUCGAGGAGGCGGAUGAGACCCAGCUGGCGGCGGAGGACAGACGAGCUGAGAAGAGAGUGAGCACGGACGACGAGGCCAUCCACGAGAGAUGUAGGUACGUCGUCUCUCACUCCAGUCUUCUCCGCACACCCGAACGAGUACAUAUCGUAUCCGACCUGGCUGCCCGGCUCCUUGAAAACCCCAGCCCGACGCCACGCCCACCUAUCGUAACCCUCUCAUCCACUCCUGCUCUCGACCUACUCGACACCACGCCCACUUGCUCGCAUCGUCCACGCCUCCUCUGCACAUUGUCUGCAUUGCCUGGACUCCCGAUUGAAACGCCCGGACCCCUUGCUCGACGCCAUGGGCACUCGCGAGCUCAAGUGCUCGGCCCGCUCGACUGUCAAUCCCGCAUCCGCCCUCGUCCCCUUAGGUCCACGUACCUGCUUUUGCCUGCGACUCAUAUCCACCCACACUCGUCUCCUCGACACGCCCAUCCACUCGUCCACUUAAUCUCCUCGGUCUUUUACCCUCGAACCUCAACUAUCGACUGCCCACGGAUCUCCCUCGAGAACGAGGAACGGCUGCAGCAGAGAGACAAGCUGGGAAGAGGGCGGGUUAGGGGCAACGAGGACAUCUACAACGCGAACUUGUUGAGCAAGUCGGAGGUGCUCGUGCAGCAGAUUUCCCAGUUCAGGUUCACAAAGAGGUGCUUCGAGCAGUUCGUGCUCACGCUCACACUGACGCACAAACGUGCGCACAGCCUCAGCCAGCCGCUCGAGCUCCGCCGCCAGGGGGCCGAGGAGGAGUCGUACUUCAACAUGGAUGACGACGACGACGACGGCGAUGAUGACGGCUCGCUGCCGCUCCCUAGCACGCCGCUGCUCACGCGUCACUACAUCCACCUCCCACAUGCGCCGCUCAGCGGCAGCCUCAUCGACCACCACGACUCCUCCUCGCGCGAGCUUGCGCUCGACCUCAGCCUCAACCUCGACCGCCACCUCGUGCCUCUCGGCCCUCACGGCGGCGACACGGAGGCGGGCGCGGACGCCGCGCACACCGUCGCGCCCAUGCUGACCCCUACGCGCCUCCGACGCUGCGCCUCUCUCAUCGACUGA